AUCUCUCUCACACACAUUUCUCAUUUUAUCCAACUUCAGUUCUAAUAUAGAGAUUGAAGAAAUGUUGAGACAUUCAUCAUCAUCGUCAUCACCAUCUUCAGUUCUAAUAUGUGUUCUAUAUGUUUUCUGCUUAAUUGUUUAUGCACAGAAUGAAGCUCAACCUACUACAGAACCUAAUGAAGCAAGAGCGUUGAACUCCAUCUUUCAACAAUGGGGAAUUUCAGCCGAUCAAAGUCAAUGGAACAUAACCGGAGAGGUGUGCAGUGGAGCAGCCGUCCUUGCCUCUAUCUCCAUCGACGAUGGGAAGCACAAUCCCUUUGUCAAAUGCGAUUGCGCUGAUAAUAAUGGCACCACUUGUCACAUCACUGCGCUGUACGUUUUCUCAUUAUUACCUUCUCAAGCUCUGUAGGAAAGUUUAUGAAAUGGAUAUUGUGGGUGAUAUGCCGGCCGAGCUAUGGACUUUGACUUAUCUUACCAAUUUGAACUUGGCUCAUAAUUACUUGACUGGUAACCUGUCUCCAUUCAUUGGCAAUUUAACUCGCAUGCAAUAUCUGUACCUUAGUGUUAACUCACUGUCAGGGGAACUUCCUAAGGAACUUGGGUUGCUUGCUGAUUUAAGAUCACUUGGUUUUGGUACAAACAACUUCUCUGGUCCUCUACCAUCUGAGCUUGCCAAUUGUACAAAGCUAGAACAAAUUUAUUUUGAUAGCUCUGGAGUUAGUGGUGAGAUUCCUUUGGAAUUUGCUAACUUACAGAACAUAGUUAUUAUGUGGGGAUCAGAUAAUGAUCUUACUGGCAGGAUACCUAACUUUAUAUGGAAUUGGUCAAAACUUGCCACCUUAAGAUUUGAAGGGAACCGCUUUGAAGGUCCAAUACCAUCGGCAUUAUCCAGCUUAACUUCUUUGACAGAGCUGAGAAUUAGUGAUUUAUCAAAUGGAAGCUCUUCACUAGAAUUUCUUGAGAACAUGAAGUCUCUGGCUGUAUUGGUGCUAAGAAAUGACAAUAUUGCAGAUGCAAUUCCAUCUAGCUUCAGGGAAUAUCAAUAUUUGACACUGUUGGAUUUGAGUUUCAACAAUAUAGCUGGGCGGAUACCUGACUCACUUUUCCAGUUGAACAGUCUCACCACCUUGUUUCUUGGAAGUAAUAAUUUAGAUGGUCCACUUCCUGCACAAAAGAGCCCAUCACUUCGAAUUAUAGAUGUCUCUUACAAUAAUUUAGUUGGGAGCUUGCCUACCUGGGUUAAUGGUCAAAACUUACAAGUUAAUUUAGUUGCCAACAACUUCACAUUAGACCUUUCAGAAAACAGUGGUUUGACAUUACGCCUGAACUGUCUUCAACGUAAUUUUCCUUGCAAUCGAGACCGUCCAAUCUAUUCUCAAUUUGCAAUAAAAUGUGGCGGUCCACAAAUAAUGUCCUCUAAUGGGAUUGUAUAUGAGAGCGACACUAUGAAUCUUGAUUCAGCAACAUAUUAUGUUACUGAUACAAGCAGGUGGGGUGUCAGUAAUGUUGGACUUUUCACAGGAAGAUAUUCCUCUGAGUUUACAGAUACUCUAUUUCAGACAGGACGGCUCUCUGCUUCAUCACUAAGAUACUAUGGUUUGGGGCUGGAGAAUGGCAAUUACAGUGUCAUACUUCAAUUUGCUGAAACAGCAAUUGAGAAUGGUAGGACAUGGAAGAGUCUUGGGAGGCGCGUUUUUGAUAUUUAUAUACAGGGGAAUCCUGUUCUAAAGGAUUUUGACAUAAGGAAGGAAGCUGGUGGAGUCUCUAAGCGAGCUGUUAGAAAGAACUUCACAGCUCAGGUAUCUGAAAAUUACCUUGAAAUCCAUUUGUUUUGGGCUGGAAAGGGGACUUGCUGCAUCCCUUCUCAAGAUACAUAUGGACCUUCUAUUUCAGCAAUCAGCGCUAUUCCAGAUUUCAUACCAACUGUAAGUAACAAUCCUCCAACCAUUGAGAAAGAUAAUGAUAGGACUGGUGUAUUCGUCGGAGUUGUUGUUGGGGUUGGAAUGAUAAGCUGUCUGCUUGUUUUUGCGGUUUUUGUAUCCAUCCGAAGAAGAAAAAGGCAAACCACCUGUGAUGGUGAAGAUCUCCUAGGUGAUGCUAGACCACACAUUUUCAGUUAUGCUGAACUGAAGGCUGCUACAGAGGACUUUAGUCCCUUCAAUAAGCUUGGAGAGGGAGGAUUCGGACCAGUUUAUAAGGGAAAACUUAGUGAUGGGAGAAUAAUUGCUGUUAAGACACUUUCUGUGCGAUCCCACCAAGGAAAUAGUGAAUUUGCUACAGAGAUUGCUAUUAUAUCUGCAGUGCAACAGCGCAAUCUUGUGAAAUUGUAUGGAUGCUGCAUUGAAGAAUAUAAUCGUCUCCUUGUGUAUGAGUAUCUUCAGAACAAGAGUCUUGAUAAAGCGUUAUUUGGAGAAAGAAGUUUGAAUCUUGACUGGUCAACACGUUAUGCAAUAUGCUUGGGAGUAGCUAGAGGUCUAGCUUAUCUUCACGAGGAGUCGAGGCUUCGAAUUGUACAUAGAGAUGUGAAGGCUAGCAAUAUCCUUCUCGAUUCUGAUCUCAUCCCCAAGAUUUCAGAUUUUGGUUUGGCCAAACUUUAUGAUGAUAAGAAAACCCAUAUAAGUACCCGUGUUGCUGGGACAUUUGGGUAUCUUGCACCUGAGUAUGCUAUGCAUGGACACCUUACAGAAAAAGCUGAUAUAUUUGCCUUUGGAGUUGUGGCUCUUGAAGUUGUGAGUGGGAGGCCAAAUUCAGACCCAAGCCUGGGACAAGAAAUGAUCUACCUUCUUGAUUGGGCCUGGCAUCUAUAUGAAAACAAUUGUACAAUGGAACUAGUCGACUACAGACUAUCAGAAUUCAGUGAGGAGGAAGUAAAACGCUUGAUAGGAGUUGCUCUUUUGUGCACCCAAACUUCACCAAAUCUCCGUCCAUCAAUGUCACGUGUGGUGGCAAUGCUAUCUGGUGAUAUUGAAGUAAGCAGUGUAACUUCAAGACCCAAAUACAUGCUUCACUGGAAAUUUGACGAUAUAAGCAGCUUUAUGAUUGAUGAUGUAAGCAGCAGAACUGACUAUUACAAUUCAUCUACAAAUACAAGGAUGAUAAUUGAUGCAGAGGAUCCUCACAUAAUUGCCAAACCAAUACUCCAUGAGACUAUUGAAGAGGACAGAUGAGGAACGUUCUUUUCUGCUGUGCAUUCUUUUGUUGGUGAGCUUUGUAUAACUAAUUUUUUGAAGGAUCAUGUAUGAAGUAUAUUUUUUUUCCCAAAAAAAAAAGGGCUCUGAAGAUUGUGAGGAAUCAGGUAUAGAAUAUAUAUUCUUUUUUAAACAUAAACUACUCGUUACUAUAAAAUUAAUAUAGCAGACAUUGCAAGUAUCCUUGUUAGAUGUCUUCAUAUGUUAGGGCUUUGUUAUUAAUAUAGUUUUUGAAUAAGAAUUAGGGCUUUGUUAUUUUCCCGA